AUGAUAAAUAAAAUUUCAGGAGUGCCAACGCCAAUCAAAGAAGCCAGCCUAGAUAGUUAUGCCGACUCACCAUAUGCCGACCCCAUCAACGCAAUUGACAUUCCGAAGCGGUUUAGCCCACCCAAUAUGCCCAUGUACGACGGAAUGACCAACCCAAGAGAGCAUAUCUUGACCUACAAGCAGCGGAUGAUGACAAUCCUAGUUCCCAAGCACAUGAGGGAGGCUAGUCUCUGCAAAGGAUUCGGCUCGACACUGAUUGGACCCGCCUUGAAGUUGUUAACCAGCCUACCAAAUGGAUGCAGCACUUCCUUUGCUCACCUCGACAACAUGUUCAAUCAGCAGUUUGCCAGCAGCAGGUGUUUGGAGAAGAAAACAAGCGACCUAUACUGUGUGGUUCAACGCCCAGACAAACCUCUGAAGGAUUACAUAUCUCGGUUCAUCAGGGAGAAGGUGAUUGUACCUGAGUGUGACGUCCCAACGGUAAUCGAAGCAUUCAGGCAAGGGUUGUAUGGCGAGGCCGACCUAUGGAGGGAUCUGAUCAAGUAUCCCAGCAAGACGUUCGAAGACGCCCAAGCCAAAGCAAUGGCUCAAGUCAGGUUGGAAGAGACUCUCUACUCCAAGAAGGGAACUAACGACUACACCAAGACAAACAGGCGACUACCCUAUCCCAAGAGAAGCAAUGAUCAUCUUGCCCCUUAUUCCCGACCUUAA